ACUGUUUCUUUGCAGAUGAAGAAAUCAGGACAUUGCUUCUCAGUGACCAACCUAAUUGGCUUACAUGAAACUGCACUUGAUCUGGAUGCUCUCACUGAUAAACUAGUGAAUGAAAAUGAAAUCAUCGCCUUCAUCUUUGUUGUGCGACUGAGCCAGUUAACAGAUUCUGAUAAGAUGGGUAUUGAGUGGUUUCAGAGAGUAUUUGGUGAUGGAAUACUUCAGUUUGUGAUGAUUCUCUUCACCUAUGAGAGCCAUGAAGAAUCUGACUCUAUAAUAGAUGAUCUGAAGAAAAACUCUGCUCUGGAGCGUCUGAUUGAGAAAUGUGGUGGAAGAUAUCACACCUGCAGCAAGAACAUGAACAACCAGUCUGAGAUGAGAGACCUGAUGAACAGAAUUGAGCAACUGUUCAUUGAGAAUAAACUGCAGUCCUAUACUAGUGAGAUGUACAACAGUGCGUUGAGACAGAGAGAAGACCUGCAAAAAAGUACACGUCAAAGUGGUAAGAACACAGAUUUGGGAGAGACCCAAUCAAUAGACCAUGCAAGACUGAAUCAAAUCAAAAGAAAUGGAAUGAAGAAAGAAGUAAAGCAUCUAUUUAAAAGACUCCAUCUUUAUAACAGGCAUUCCUGUAAACUAAGAGCUGCAGAUGUUCUUCAGUUAACUGCACAUUCUUUACAGUUUCAUGAGUUUUGUGCUGAGGAGGACCUCAUUCAGACUUUCCUACAAAAACUACUGAUGAUGAACUACAGAGCAAGAUACAUUAAAACUAAAGAGACGAAUAAGCAGCAUGGCAGACGACAAAUUAACAAUGACUUAUGUAAUGGUGAUGCCAAUAUUUUUAGAGACAUGUCUUUGUUUUCUCAAGGAAAAAGCAAGAAAGUUGCUAUUCACCCGAUGGAUGUUCAGAUGGCUGUGUUUCAUUGUGCAGAUAGUUUCCUGAAGCAGCUGAUGGUGACUAAACUGUCUCAGUGUCAGUACGCUCUGCCUCUGCUUGUUCCUGAUCCAUUCACACAAGAGAUUGAGUUUCCCCUCUGGACAUUCAGACAAAUCAACAAAAGCUGGAAGAUGAAAGAUGUCAAAAAUGAAAUAAUCAGCAAAAUCCAGCCUGUCUGGAAGACAGAAACACCUAUGGUGUCUUUCUUCAGGUUUGGCUCAGUGUCCUCAUCCAAAUCUCAGCUGAUGAACAAUCUUAUCAAUGAAAAACACAACACGUUCUUCCAAAGGCAUUGCACAGGCAGCAGCAAAACCAGACUACUGAUGGAUGGAGUGGUGGAGAUCGCUUGGUACUGCCCCUCUGGGAAAGAUACAGAUAAAUUCAAUCAAUGUAUUGCUUUCUGUAACCUUCAUGGUGAUGCAGGAGACAGUGAGAAACAGCUGCAGAUCCUCACUGAAAUGGCCUCAGUCAAUGUUGUUAUUCUACCACGACUUGACCAGAAAGACAAGAGUGCAGCACAGAUGCAAAACCUGUACAAGGACAGAAAGCCACUUAUUUGUCUUUUUACGGAGGAUGAAUCUAGUGUAACUGAGAUGAGGAGCGGGAAAUACAAAAUUGGAUUAAAAGAAAGAAAUCAGUCAGAAAUAUCUGAAGAACUUGAACAAGCUAUAAAUGAAUGUCUCUCAUUCUUAUCGGCAGAAUCACCUUCUAUUUUCAGACUUGAAGAUGUGUCCAAACACUCAGGUAUCAGAGUAGAUGAGAAAUAUGAUGACGGCUGCAGGACAGGAAAAGAAGAUGCACAGACGAUGAUGAAAUUACUGAAGGAUAAAAAUGUGACAGAAAUCAAAAAAUCAUUUCUGUCCUGCCAGGGAAAACUAUGGCAUCAGUGGUGUAUAAAGAACAAAGAACUACAUCGAUCUCAGGGAAAUGAAAUAGAAAUGGAAAUAGAACAGAAACAAGAGAUGAAGAAAAUCCGUGAAAAGCAGCAUGUGUUGGACAUUGGUGAGUUCAUGAAGUUCUUUAUUACAGAAAUGAAUUCACAAUCUCCAAAUGAGAAGACAUUUUUUCUGAAAUGGCUCACAAUCCUCCUGGAUGAACAUACAUCAACUGACCUUUCUGCUCUACAUUACAAGUAUGAUGAAAAGUGGUCAGAAGUCUUAAAACUAAAAGAGAGCAAUGAGAGAUUUGAGCAACAGAUGGCAAUAAAUUUGUCCAAUGAACAAACUGAACUUGAUAAGAUAUCAGAAGAACUUCAAGCAGCAACCUUUGGCUUGGAGCACAUCCUGAGGGAGAUCGGUCAGAUCUAUGAAUCGUGUCAAUCAGUCAAUAAGAACAAAGAAGGUCUGCCAUGUAAUUUUUCUUCUCUCCCGAGUCUUGCAGCAGAGAUGAUGAUCUCUGGAUUUCCACUGGAGCUGAUGGAUGGAGAUGCUGCUCAUGUUCCUGUGGUCUGGGUUACUGCUGUUCUACAUGAACUCAUUCAGAAAUUGGGAGACAAGAGAGUGUUUGUGCUGUCUGUUUUAGGGAUUCAGAGCUCUGGGAAAUCCACUAUGCUGAACGCCAUGUUUGGACUCCAGUUUGCUGUCAGUGCUGGCAGAUGCACCAGAGGAGCUUUCAUGCAGCUGGUCAGAGUUUCAGAGGAGAUCAAGAUAAAAGAACAGCUGGAGUUUGACUUUAUUCUGGUUGUUGAUACUGAGGGGCUUCGUGCUCUAGAACUAUCUGAAAGGUCAACAAGACAUCAGGACAAUGAAAUGGCCACAUUUGUUGUUGGUCUUGGUAAUUUGACAUUGAUCAAUAUCUUUGGAGAAAACCCAUCAGAGCUGCAGGACAUUCUUCAGAUCGUUGUUCAGGCCUUCAUGAGGAUGAAGAAGGUCAGACUGAAUCCCAGCUGCAUGUUUGUUCAUCAGAACGUUUCAGAAGUCACAGCCGGAGAGAAAAACAUGGAGGGAAGAAGACGGCUGCUGCAGACACUGGAUGAAAUGACAAAACUUGCUGCUAAAGAUGAAGUCUUUGAUGCUGAAUGUUUCAAUGAUGUCAUUACUUUUGAUAUACAGAAAGAUGUGAAAUAUUUUGCACAGCUGUGGGAGGGAAGUCCACCAAUGGCACCUCCAAACCCAUCAUAUUGUGAAAACAUCCAAGAGCUAAAGAAAACUUUUUUUAGCCAUGCCUCAAAAUCUUAUGGCUUAGAGCUGACACAACUUAAACACCGUAUUAAUGAUCUCUGGGAAGCUUUACUGAAUGAAAGAUUUGUGUUCAGCUUCAAAAAUGCUCUGGAAAUCGCAACAUAUCGGAAACUGGAGACAGAAUACAGCAAGUGGUCUUGGAGUCUUCGUAGAACCAUGCUGGAUAUAGAGAACAAACUCUACAUCAGCAUAGAAAAUGAAACAAUUAAUACAGUUCCAGAAAUUGAUCUUCAAGAGAACCUAAAAAGUGAAGAAGUAAAAAAAUCAAUGUCAGAAUUCUUUGAGAAAGACAAAGAUAAAGAUAUACUGAUACAGUGGAAAGUAUCAUUUUAUAUCAAAAUCAAAGAUCUUUGCGAAAAUAUUGUGAGAGAAACAACGAAGAAAUUAAAUGAGAUUCUUCAGCAGCGAGAAAUGAAGAAAAGGAUUGAUGCUCAGAGGACACAUCAUGAAAAUGAUCUCUUGGAAAAGAGCAAAGAACUUGCAAUAAAACUCAAAGACAAAGCAAAUGAUGAAAAAAUCCUGAAAAAAGAGUUUGAUUCCUUUUGGAAAGAAUGUGUUAAGAAGUUUACUGCAGAAACUCCUCCAAUCAAAGACAUUAAUGUAAUAAAAGACAUGAAGCAACUCCUCAGUAACUAUGAAAGUAUCCCUGUAGAGGCCUGGAAGAACAGCAGGGAUAUUUUCUUUGUGCAACAUUAUUCAGAUUACAUACAGAAACUCAGAGGAGUUACAGGACAUGCCAUCAGAUCAGCUAAACUGAAGUUUGAGGUUGAAAGCCAAAUUAAAACCUUAGUCAGUGACAUUGCUCAACAUGCAGACAAAACAGUCAUGUCAUAUAACAUUUCAAAGACGGGUUACAACAAAACCUACAUUCAGGAACUCGCAGAUUAUAUCAAAGUAAGAGUAGCAAAAUAUGAGCAAGGUUCCAGGAACUAUGUGUUCAAAAAGGACUUUUACAUGGAUUUGGUCAUUUCCAUCUGUAAGAGAAUAAACAAGGUAAUUACUGACCAACACAGAAGGUUUAGGGAAGCCAAUGAUCCUGUUUUAUACUUUGAACAGAAGAGCAAAGAGUACUAUAGUAUUUUCCAGAAAUACUGUCAAGGUGCAACAUCAGCUGCCAUUUUUGGUGAGAUCAUCUGUCAGAAACUGAAAGAGCCCAUUCAAAAGAGUGUCUACAAAGAUACAGCCAGAGAUAUGACUAAUGAAAUUCAAAUAAACUGUGAAUCACUAAAUGGAAACAGAUCUAAACUAGAGAAGCACAUUCUCAAGAGGUUGGCAGAACAGGAGGAAUUUGAAAAGUACAUUACAUACUUUAAUUAUCCCAGAGACCACUUAAAGAGUUUUGUCAGAGAUGAAGUCAGUCAGUUCAUCACUGAUAAGUUUGAAGUGAGUGUUCGCCCCAAGAUGAAGGAGAACAUUGAACUCCUGCAGCAGAAAAUCAUGGAAGCAGCUCAUAGAGCAACUACAGUGGUCAACACAACCAGUGGAGAUGUUCAGAAGUGGCUGGAUAAUUUCGCACUGCAGCUCUCAGAUGUGCUGAUAUUCUCUGUAAAGGACCUCAGUGGAGUGAGUCAUGAAGGUGUUGAUGAUUUCAACCUCCUAGAAGAUGUGAUAAGCAAAUUACUUGGUUCAGUAUCAUCUGAAAUACAGCAUAAAUUCAGCACAGAGACAUUUCCUGUAAAUCUGGAAGAGAAGGACAGACCAGAUGAGAUUCUGAUUGAUCAUCUCUGUCAGUGCUGCUGGGUUCAGUGUCCGUUCUGUGCAGCCACCUGCACCAACACUGUAGAAAACCAUACUGGUGAUCACAGUGUUCCUUUCCAUCGAGUGGAUGGACUCACUGGUAGCUGUUAUGAUGAAACAGAGUGUCUCGGUGCAGAUUUUUGCACAAAUUUAGUAAGAACUAGUAAAAUGUUCUAUACUGGCCAGUGGUUUCUGUGCAGAGAGUACAGAAAUGCAGGAAAUGUUUAUGCAGAGUGGAACAUCACUCCUGACUUCUCUGAGCUGCCAUACUGGAAGUGGUUUGUGUACAGAUUUCAGGAAAAUCUGAAAAACCACUUUGAUAAAACAUUCCACAUGUGGGAUGUGAUUUCAUAUGAAUGGAGCCGAUACUCAAAAGAGCAAGCUAUUGAGAGUUUGGAUGAAUACAUCUAAUGACAAAUGAAAAUGAUUCACAUGUAUGCAGUAGCGACUCCUGGCCAUAAAACAGACAUGCCAGCUAGUUACUGACCUGAUGCAGACACAUAUAGCUGUGGUAAAUGGCUCUCAAUGAGAGCUUGCUGCAAUUCC